CGCUUGGUGAAAUGAGCGACGCAGAAGAUGGAGGCAGCUCGUCGUCGUUCGACAGUGACCAUGACGGCGACUUUGGGGAGGAAUCGAUGGAAGAAACGGAUCAACAAAAUCGAGUAAUGCAAGCCGUUUGCAAGAGCUGUGAGAAUCCCAAUGACUACAACCUCCACCUCGCUGCUAUUACCGAGUUGUCGUCCAGUCCAGUGUUCGCGUCGCAGCUCGAGCAACAGUUUGAACGAUUUCACAAAGCAUUUCCGCUUUCUCUGGAGUUGUGGUUGCAAUACAUUGAGUUGAGGCCAGAGAAACUGGUCGAGUCGUUCGAUGACUACCUCCUGCCAGCAUUGUACUACAAGUACGUGGAAGACGUGGAAGACGACCCGCAAGGGGAAGAACGAUGGUCAGUCGUUCUUCGUGCUCUGGGAUCGCACUGGAGUGAGUGCGAGAACGUCUAUCAAUUGUAUCGGGAUUUCUUGAAGAACUCGAUUUCCGACCCGACGACGUUGAAUGCCCGACUACGAGCGAGCUAUCAGGGGCAACUGGCGAGCCCGUACUUUGAAGGAAGUGACCGCGUGUUGUCCGAGUAUCGCGCAUGGAGCCAAUAUCAAGAAAAGCCAACCGAUUUCACCAACGAACAAGACUCUAUCCAACGACGCCUCCAUGCCGCAAGUUCUCUUCUCGCCAAGAUGCAAAGGUUUGAACGUGACUUGGACAGGGUGAAUACUGCUGAUACCAGUGCGUUGCAAGCUCUGUGGUUCGAGUACGUCGGCUUUGUCAUUUCUCGAGUGACUACGUUGGGAUGUGGCAUUGUGAUCUCGGUGCUUGAACGCAGCGUGGCUGCUGUGUGCAUGAGCGCCGACUUGUGGAGCCGGUACUUGGCCUUUCUCCGGGACAAAAGAAUGAGUACGCUUGCGGUGGCGAAGCGAGCCGUUCGAAACGUUCCAUUUGCUCCAGCGCCGUGGGUGGCGCUGUUUGUCGCGAUGGAAUGCGAAGGCGCAUCGGGGGACGAUAUUUCCAUCGUCGGGAACGAUCUGUGUCAACGACAGCCAUGUCCGCUGCAGCAGGAUGCACUGCUGGACGUGCUGCUUGCUUACUGCGAUGCCGUUCGACGACGAACCGCCUCGAAGGCAUUGCGUCAAGUUGCAUUCACGUCGUGCAAAGCGGCUGUUGGGAAUUGGACCAUGGGACGAUGCUGCCUGCUGAUGUACGAGUCCAAGUGCACCUUCGACGUCCUCAAAACAGGUUUACACCCAAAGUGGAUUGAAAUCUGGGACGAGAUCUUGACCCAUCGAGGCCACGAGUGGACCUGCUGGCAAACGUGCAUCGCGGAAUGUGUUCGCAUGGGCGGAAGCGUCGCGGAAGUCCGAUCGUAUUAUUCGCGUGGUGUGACGGAAGUGAAAGACUACCCAGUAGCGUUGGCCGAAGCGUGGGUCUUAUUUGAACGUGAAAUGAGCGAACACGUCCGGUUUUGGGUCGAGGCAAAGGGGAUUUACGACAAACUCGUCCAACAAUACCAUGCGUCGGUGUAUGUACCUGCCCAUGCACCGGAAGAAGCAACGAAACCAAGCAAAAAGCGGCUGGCAGACGGUCCGGCGGUCGGUGAUUUUCCCAAAGGAAGGCAAGACGCCGCAACGAAAGCAGCCAGGCAAGUCGAGUACAAGAAACAGCGACUGUUGGACGACUCGAACCACAUGACCGUAUUCCUCUGCGAACUGAACAAGGCUGUUACAAAGGAAGACUUGCUCGAGUUGUUUGCCCCUUGCGGCAACGUAGUAGAUGUGCGCAUGCUCCUUCGCAAUCGAGAAAGCCAGGCAUCGAGGGGCAUGGCGUACGUGGAGUUUGACACCGAGACUGCGGUUGAAAAGGCGCUUAAACUCGACAAAUCUCCCUUUCACGGGCACCCCUUGAAUGUCAAAUUGUCGAAACCAACUGCCCCCGCUCCAAAGCAACCAGUCGUGAAAGAUGGGGUAUGGAAGACGACAAGCUCGACCAUUUACGUGACGGGAUUUGGGGACAACUCGACGGAAGAUUCGCUCAAGACUGCUUUCUCCAAGUUUGGUCUAGUGCAUGCUGUUAUGAUUUUGGGUCGAAAGCAAAAGAAGAACGUGUAUGCCCUCGUCGAGUUUGCACCGACGGAAAAUGUCGACAACAUCCUGACGGCAGUUGAAGGCAACGGUCCUGUCGAUGGAGCAAGUGUCCAAGUCAAGCGUGCGCGCUUCAGCGUUGAGGAAAUGCAAGCGCAGCAGGCCAGAACAAAAGCGACCCAAAAGCCGCAUGUUGCACAACCACAACGAGAACCAAGCACCCAUUUGAAGGCAGAGAAAGACAAGAAACCAGUCGAAAAAAUCAAGGACGUCGAGGCCCACGAACACGGCCAAAAACCCAGAAUCGCGCUAUCCCUGGUGCCGCGAAGCCUCAAGAGCUCGAAAGACGCCGGAAAAAGGCCGUCCAAGAUGAUUGCGAACGAUGCGUCGAAGGUGAAAGAGACGGCGGGGGUCGACACACUGAAUCCAGCGACGACCUCGAUGAAGUCGAACGCCGACUUCCGCAAACUGUACUCGUCCAACUAACAAACGACCUGAUUCAAUGCAACUAGUUCGUUAACGGAUGAGCUUGCAAGAAUUGAAGGGUUUCUUCGUGGCUUGGCAUGGUCGCGCCGUCCUUUUGCACGCAGAGCGCACUGCUCGCGGCUGCGUAUCGCAGGCACUCGGCGAGUGUGGCCUUCUGCGACAACUUGGCAGCAAACGCCCCGCGAAAGCAGUCACCCGCUCCAGUGGUGUCAUGUACGUUAACGUCGAACGCAGGCUGGCAAUGUACACCACCUUCCCUGUCGAUCAAUACAGAUCCGGCACUUCCGCGGGUCACCAACACCGAAGACGCCCCCCGUUGCUGCAACUGUCGCGCAGCGUCCAGCACUUCGUCGAGGGUGUCAAGGGACUUGGUAGACCCCACACAUCGGCGCAGUUCUGUCUCGUUGGGGCAAACAAAGUCGACAUGGCGGAGGAAAUCGUCGUCCACUUCACGAUCUUCGCCACCCAAAUCCCACAUCACAGUGGUUCCGACCGCCUUGGCCUCCUCUGCGAUCAAACGGUUCACAUAGGCUGGUAUUUCGCAUUGCAGGAGCACGAUAGAUGCGCAUUUCACGCUUUGCUUCAUUUGGGGGGUCAAUUCGGUCGGCCACACUGCAUUUGCACCCGGUAAUAUCACAAUCGAGUUGUCGCCCGUGGGAACCAACAAAAUGAUCGCUUGCCCAGACACCACUUGUGUAUGAACUUUGCUGGAUUCGUCAAUCGUGACUCCAGCUUCGGCAAGGUAUUCUUGCAUGAGGUUGGCGUGAUCGUAUCCAAACUGGCACAACAAACGAGUUGUUACGUUGGAUCGGCUGGUCGCAACGGCUUGAUUCGCUCCCUUUCCGCCAACUAAACACCGUGAUCCUGUAGCUGCCAGCGUCUCGCCAAGGAGGGGGAUUCGAGCAACGUCGAGGAAGAUGUCGGCAUUGAUGGAGCCAACGACUAAUACAAUCGGCGACGCCAUUGCGCUCGACUGCGACAGGGAUGUGUAUCUCUCGAG